UGGCUGUACUGUGCACUAGUUCUCUAUGAUUCUAACCACAAUUCAUUCAAAAUUUCGUAGUAUGUCACUAGUUGAAAAACAUUUUGAAUCGUUAUAGUUGAUUCCUGAUUAGUUCUGAGUGUUAUUUGUAUUGUUUUCGAAAGUGAACCUAUAUUAAUGAAGAGCUGAAGAAUGGAAAAAGAAAGUGUUGAUUGUGAUUCCAAAAAGUCGCAUAGGGAUAGACGUGCAGGUAGAAAGGCUGAUAAAAAAAAAGCUAAAGAUAAAAAUGUUACCCAAAUUCUGACUGAUAAACAACGUAAUCCGAAAGCCUUUGGAUUCAAUUCUGCCAUAAAAGCUGAAAGGCAAUUCAGACGAAAACAAGAUGUUGACACCAAGAAACAACACAUUCCUUUAGUUGACAGAACUCCUAUUGAACCUCCGCCCAUUAUUAUUUCAGUUGUAGGUCCUCCUAAAGUUGGAAAAACUACAUUAAUCAAAAAUCUCAUCAAACUAUGGACAAAAACACCAAUGACGAACAUAAAAGGUCCUGUAUCAAUUGUCAUAGGAAAAAAGAGAAGGGUUACUCUCAUUGAAUGCAAUAAUGAUAUAAAUUGUAUGAUAGAUUUGGCUAAAGUCACAGAUCUGGUUUUACUUUUAUGUGAUGCUAACUUUGGUUUUGAAAUGGAAGUCUUUGAAUUUUUAAAUAUAUGUCAGGUUCACGGAAUGCCUAGGAUAAUGGGGGUUUUGAAUCAUUUAGAUAUGAUAAAAAAUAGCAAAAAAUUAAAAACAACGAAAAAAACUAUCAAAAACAGGUUUUGGAAAGAGCUCUAUCCUGGUGCAAAAUUAUUCUACUUAUCAGGAAUAAUACGUGAAGAUUACCUAAAAAAUGAAAUAAAAAAUUUAGGUCGGUUUAUAUCCCUUAUGAAAUUUAGGCCUUUGUCUUGGAGAAGUGAUCAUAGUUAUAUAUUAGUAGAUAGAUAUGAAGAUCUUACAAAUCAAGAACUUUUAAGAAAUAACCCAAAGUGUGAUAGAAAUAUUUCUCUAUACGGAUAUAUAAGAGGAAUGCCUUUGAAACAAUCAGAAGUUCAUAUAGCUGGAUUAGGAGAUCUUAGCAUACAUGAUAUAUCUUUUCUGCCUGAUCCAUGUCCCCUUCCAGAAGAACUUAAAAAGAGAGCAUUGAUCGAAAAAGAAAAAAUGAUUUAUGCCCCAUUUUCUGGCGUAGGUGGUAUUGUUUAUGACAAGGAUGCAGUUUAUGUGGAACUUGGUGGUUCUCAUAGCCACAAGGAAAGAAGAAAUGAUGAUGAAGUAGAUAAUAUAGUCAACAACCUUAUUGAAGCAAAAGAAACAUUAGACACAAAAAUGGAACAUUCAGAAAUGCAAAUCUUCACUGGUGGUGAAAACAUAACAGCAAAAGAAAUAAAUGAAUUUAGUGAUUCCGAAGACUGUAUUAGCGAAGAGGAAAAUGACGAGGAAGAUGAUGAAAAUGAAGCUGAAGAUAAAAUUGAUUUUGUGGAAGAACAGGAUGGGGAAAAAUCAUCAAAAAAUAAAAAUAGUAAGGAUGAUGAAGAUGAAUUCAAUGAAGAACUUAGUAUGCUGAGGAAAAAAUCCCAUACGGUGGAAAAAAUUUUCGAUUCAGGUAGAGUGAGGAGGAAAGUAAUUUUUGAAACUAUGGAUGAAUCAUUUGCUGAUACAGAUGAUGAAUCAUCAGCUGAUACUGAUGAUGAAUCAUACAAUGAAAGUAGUGAUGAAGGAAAUCAAAUAAGUCAAAAUAUCAAAAAGAAAGAAGAUUUAAUAAAUAAAUCAGAUGGAAAUAUACAUAAUAAAAUUAAAGAUGUACUUAAGAGUCUUGAUGAUAAGAAAAAUAUCAGUGAAGUAUCUGAAGAUGAAACAAAGGAAAAUAUAGAAGAUGAAUCAGAUUUAGAAAUGGACGAAUCUGAGGAAUCUGAUGAAGAUGAACCUUCAGAAGGGAUAAAAUGGAAAGACAACUUGGCUAAAAAAGCACAAGAUGCAUUCAUGGAAAGACAGAUGUCAACAAGAAAUUUGAGGAAAUUAUGUUAUGGGGAGGAACAACUUCAAGAAACAAUUUCAGAAGAACAAGAGAAUGAACUUGGAAACCUGCUCAAAACUGUAUCUAAAAGCCAACAACAAAUUAAAAUCAACAAAGGAUCUCUUGAUGCUUUUGAAAAUACAGAAAAACCCAGAUAUAUUUUUGAUUUGCCCAUAAAAAAUUGUUUUGUCACUGGAACAUGGAAAGAAAGUGAAGAUGCGAAUGAAUUAUUGAAAAUAGAUGCUGCUAAAGAUUUGAGUGAUUCGGAAUCUGAGGUAUUUGGUGAUUUCGAGGAUUUGGAAACUGGAGAGAAACGAAAAAGGGAGGAACCUGAAAAUACUGACCUAGAAUACAGUAUAAAAAAGAAAGCACUCAAAGAAAGAUUUGAUGACGAAUAUGAUAAUGGUGAAAAUAACACUUUUUAUGAUGAGCUAAAAUUGACAGCAGAUAAGCAAUCGCAGUUGAAUAAAACCUUUUUUGAAAAUAUGCCGGAUGACCAAAGAACUCAGAUUCAAGGUUUUCGGUCUGGAAUGUAUGUAAGAAUGGAAUUCAAAAAUGUUCCGUCAGAAUUUAUUACUAAUUUUGACCCAACUUAUCCUAUAAUUGUUGGUUCCCUCAACACCAUCGAAAACAAAAUUGGUUAUGUAAAUGUAAAAUUGAAAAAACACAGAUGGUACAGCAAAAUUUUAAAAACAGCUGAUCCAUUAAUAAUUUCUCUUGGAUGGAGACGUUUUCAAACUCUACCAUUAUACUCCAAGAUGGAAGAUGAUAUGAAAUUCCGUUACUUGAAAUACACCCCUAAGCAUGUAAGCUGCAAUGCUCACUUUUGGGGUCCACUCACCCCCCCACAGAAUGGAUUUUUGGCUGUACAAAGUGUGGAAUCCAACCCAGAGAUCUUGAAAAAUCAAGGAUUCAGAAUAGCAGCUACCGGAACUGUUGGGGAAUUGGUGGAAUCAACACAGAUAUUGAAAAAACUUAAACUAAUAGGUUAUCCUGAUCCCACCAAAAUAUUCAAGAAAACUGCUUUCAUAAAAGAUAUGUUCAAUAGCUCCUUAGAGGUAGCAAAAUUUGAAGGAGCUAAAAUAAAAACAGUAUCUGGCAUUAGAGGUCAAAUCAAGAAACCAAUAAAUAAACCCGAAGGAACUUUCAGAGCAACAUUUGAAGAUCAAAUAAAAGCAAGUGAUAUCGUAUUCUGUAGAACAUGGAAAAAAGUAGAUGUUCCACAAUUUUAUAACCCUGUAACAAAUCUUUUACUACCCAUUGACCAAAAAAAUACUUGGAAAGGUGCGAGAACAACAGGAGAAAUUAAACGUGAGAACAACAUCAAAGCCCAAGUUAACCCAGAUCAUUUAUAUGAGCCAAUCAUUCGAGAAGAAAAGCCAUUUGCACCACUUGUUAUUCCGAAGAAACUUCAGGCUGCAUUACCUUAUAGGGACAAACCAAAACAUGGCAUUAGGAUGUCUGAGAAGAAGAAGGGCACUGGUAGAGUAGCUGUAAUAAUGGAGCCUAAGGAACAAAAGGUAAUGAACAUGAUGAAGAUGAUCAAGACGGUUUAUAAUAAGGAUAAGGAAAAGGAAAAACAAAAAACGAAAGAAAGAUUAGAAAAAUACAGGCAAAGCAAUAUUGAGGCACAAGAGGAAGCCAAGAAUCGAAACAUUAAAAAAAUAAAGAAGGAGGUUAUGAGAAACCGAAGCAAAAGAGAAUUGAGCAAAAAAAAAUGAUUGUAAUUAUUUUUGUAAAUAAGAUACUAAACUAUUAAAAUUAAUUUCAUAGUUAAAA